AUGGAAUGCUUGGAGACUGAGCAACUCUUAUGCAAGACAUUUGCUACAGAAAAUACGAAAACCACCGCAAUAACAGAAUGCCACUACCAUAGCAUUUCUUUUGCGAUUUCCGAACAAGGACAACUGUUGGCAGUAGACGCAGCCCUUGAGAAUCUGGAAUUGGGUAGACUCGACCUUUCAGAUAGAGUGGAACAAGUAGUGAGUCGCUGCUUACACGAUCCAGCAGAGUGUAUAUAUUAUCUGAGAACAUCCACCAACAAAGUAUAUCAAUUCUCCAUCGACUCGAGUGGCAAUCGACAUGCUCGAAAACGAGCCAAAAUCAACGAUGAAUGCUCGCAGCACACUCAAUUCAUCGAACUGAAAGCCGUGGCAAGCAAUGUGAAGCAUAUACUCGUCCACCACGGUCUUAUAUUGAUAUCAUCCGACAGUGCGCAACAGUUGACGAAUGGCACAUUGCACAACACGAGCGAAUUCUACACUACAGAUACCAGCAUGAGCUACCAUUUGCCUGUUCAAAAUAUACAUACAAGCUUUAUCAGUUUUUUUUCGCUGCCAACACAUUCGGGUCUGAUCUAUGGCACAGCAUGUGGAGCCGUCUAUUGGAGGGAUGUUGAUUCAAGGCAGGACGCGCUGUUGUUUAGAAUGGAGGAAGAUGAGAAGAUUGUGUUUCUAGAUUUGCUACAGACAUACAGUACAGUCCAUACAGUGAUCGCUUUUGGUGAGCAAGGCACCGUCAUCAGCUAUGCAACGUCAGAUCAAGAGAAAUCAGGGUUGCAAAUGCGUCAAUUCAACAUGCGAAGCCCUCUGCGCUCGAUAGACAAAGUGCAGGACUCCAAGUACAUAGUGUCCACUGGUACUGGUAGAGUUUCCAUACUCGAUGUGAUGAAUGACAAGAGCGAACUGGCAUCGAUACGCGUGUCUCGACUGUCUAAUGUCCAGCACUUGCGUAUCCUUGAUAAGGAGAACUGUAUCUUUGAAACAGUGUCCGAGCAGGAAAACGGCAUUGAAUUCAGCAGAAUUCAGUACAACAAUAUACCCAUCUCAAUUGCAAACAACGCUGAAGCUAUGCAGCAACUGAUUGAAGACACCCUGGAAGAGCUAGCGCAAGAGGAAGAUACGGUCAAGUCGAUGGAGAUCAAAGAGCAGGCAUUGAGCGACAAACUCGCAUCAACCAACCGCACCCUAUACGCACUACGAAGUAUCAAUGAUAAGCGAGAGUUGGGCUUAUGCAACUCGCUUGAUUCAACAGGUUUCGAAUUUACAGUGCGCCCUAUCACUCGAUCCAAUUCAAACGAAAACUGCAGCCUCAAUACCAGAGCUUAUCUUAGGAUUUGCAUCAAGACAUCACGGUUCUUGGAGCUGGAAGGAUGGGACUUGUCGAUUCAAUUAUUUCCUAUGGAUUCAACAUUGAUAGGACAAACGAAAAUGAUAUCCGUCAUUGGUUUCGAACCGCAUUACGAAAAUGGCAUUGAACGCCAUGUCAUUUGGGAAAGAGACAUUGAAGUCGACCUAAACAAACAACAACUACCCGCCAAAGUGAGCACUACAUUGAUCAUGACGCUGAAUAAUACAAAAGAGCUUUUAUUUCCUGUUUCAGAGCUGAUUUUGGAUGAUAUACACUUUGCUUGUCCUUGUAGCUCACACAUAAAAACUAGCAUAGAACGACGCGGACUAGACGAAAUCUCCAACCGUCUGAUGCAGUCCUAUCGUCAGCAGAAAUUGCACGAUAGAACAGGAAGAUACCCGCUUGCUAGACUGUUGCAAAACGAUCAGCCAUCACUGCUACUGAACCACAGAAAUGUACACGUCCGAUACACGGUACCGUCGUUGAGCGAUGAGCAGUAUAGGUCGCUUCUGCCCAGCAUUCUCGGUGAAGGGCAUUCGGACAGCAUCAAGGAUUUUUUUCAUGGUAAUGCAGAGCAGGCACUGUUUACAAUGGCAAGCUAUCCUGGUUGCCCUGUCAUCAUCAAGUUGUCUCGAGUCUCGCCAGACAUGAUUGACUUUAGCAUCCAGUGCUCUUAUACGCCAGCUUUAUUCAAGGUAGAAUGCAUCUUGUUGCAUCGAAUUCACCGACUGUACAUGCACGAUACACCGACCAUGGACACCAAAAAGCUAAAAUCAUUGGAAGCGUCUAUUCUAGAACUUCAACAAGUAUACCAGCGAGAAGAUCAGCAAGAAACACCAGCAGCAUUAUUGGCUCAAUUGAGAAAGACGAUUGAUGUAUUGUACAAUGUUCAUUAUCAACAGCCAAUUGGAUCUUUCACCUCCCUAUAA